AUGGAUCUUGAAGAUAAAGGCAAGAUGGACAUCGAAACGCUAGAAAAUGAUAAUUUAAAUAAUACAGUGAAAGCGUUGGUAAACAUUAUAAGAGAGAUAGUAGAAGAAAAUAAAUUACUACGUAAAGAGUUUGAAACUUUAGCGUCAAACCGCAAAAGAGAUCAAGAAGAAGACACAGAAGCAGAGUUAGAGAACGAAGAAAUAGAAAGGCACAUCAAGAGGAUAAAAACGAAGAAAGCAGCAGGAGCGGAUGACAUUCCAGGGGAAGCCUGGCUUUACAGUGUAGGUGAAGCCAGAGACGGACUAAAAGAAAUUUUGAAAGAAGUCUGUCGAGGUGAAGGAUACCUUGAAGAAUGGAGGAAAGGGUUUAUAUUCCCAUUACGGAAAAAAGGCUGCAAAGAUGACGUGAGAAACUACAUAACUAUUACUCUGCUAAAUACAGCAUACAAAAUUUAUACCAACAUUCUCACGGAAAGAUCAUUGAAAAAUGAUGUUGAAAGCAAACAAAUUCUUCCUGAAGUGCAAGCAGGCUUUCGUGAAGAAAGGUCGAUGAUGGUUAACAUUUAUGUGCUACAACACAUUGUAGAAAAAGAGUUGAAGGAGGACGGAGAUAUGCGCGUUUUUUGUGGACUUAAAGGCGGCGUUUGA